AAAUAAUUAAAAAUCACUACAAGUGAAAUUGCCCAAAAAACAAAAUAAAAACAAAAACAACAAAUUGCGAAAUCCCUGGAAAGCUGCCAAGAAAACAUAAGCAAACCACGCCAAUUAAUUGCAAGUUCAAUAAACGCAACAGUGUUAGUUAAUAAAUAAUAAAAAGCAACCGAUUCGCGGACAACGACUAGCAGUGCAUACAGCUCUUGGAAGAUGCAGUGCGGCCUGGAGCAGAUGAACGAUUGCGAACGCUCGCCGAACCGAACAAAUCUGCGUGUCAACUUCAAUGAGAAGGGCGCCGAGGUCAAGGAGCGACGGGAAAAGUUCCUUACCGCCAAAUAUGGCUCACAUCAGAUGAGCCUGAUCAGGAAGCGUCUGGCCGUCGAAAUGUGGCUAUACGAUGAGCUGCAGAAGCUCUUUGAUCCGCCGAGCGAGGCGAUCGAUGUGGAUAUCGAUGAAAUUUUAGACAUGGACACAGACGACAUUAGAAGAUCUCAUCUUAUUAGAUUAUUGUCAGUCUGCAAACGCCCGCAAUCGGACAUAUCGAAGUUCAUUGGCGAUCUCUUGGAUCGCGCAAAAACGCUGUAAAUCGCCGGCUCUUCAAUAAACACAAAAUAUAAUAAAAAAAAAUAAUAAGAAAAGAAAUCAUUAAACAUAAUGUAAUACAUAUAUAUACUAACAUAUAAUAUGCAAGCGAAAUACAAUUUACUUUUAAGUUUAGCUGCUUUAAGAUCCACACAAGAACAAAGAAUAAAACCGAAUUAUUAUUUUUUUUUUUUCUUCAGAAUUUCUCAUUUAGGGUUUUCGUUUGUUUGACAUCUGUAUUUGCAAAGUUUAGUCUUAAUUUAAAGAACACACCGAUAAAAUGCAUCGUUAGCCAUAAGAAUACAAAUUUAAAUCAUGACUUCAUCAAUUUUGUGAUGAUAUUUCAUAAUAAAAUAUAUAUAUAUAUUAAUAUAUGUAUGUACAUUAUACACAUGUGUAUAGUAAAUGGCCUGAAACUAAUAUGAAAUUGUUUAUUUGUAAUGCAAAAAGUGUUUUUUUUCCGCAAGCGUGUGUAGUAAAAACUAGUAAAAGAAAAUGUUACAAAAAAAAAAACUACAGUAAACACUCUGGUUGUUGCAAAUGAUUUGGUUUUCUGCCUACGUCUGCUUAAUUGUAUUUAUUUUAACAAUUUUCUAUCAUAAUAUAUGUUAUUGUCAUGUGCUUGAAUAUUGUAGCUACCCAAAAAUGAUUUGAAUAAAAUUGUGUACAAGAAGAUAUUUAAUCGAAAUGUUUGUGUAAAGUAAAUCGAACACGUUAACAAAGAUGUAAGCUCAGGUUCACUGCCAAAACGUGGAGUAGAAAUGAUGCGAAAAAAACGCCGCUAAAAACUGAAAAUAACCGAAAGCAAAACAAUAUGCAGAAUGGUGAAUACAAGAAAUUGUUCAAGAUAAAUAUAAAAGCCGUGCAAAAUAAGGAAAAAGUAUAAAUUUAGAGCAAGAAAAUAUGCAUAAAAUUAGUUUUUAUUUGUAUUUGUUUUUAAUUGUUUUAAAGGAACUUCUUUAGAUGUUCCAGUGAGCCGACAGUUGCAAUACAUACACAAUAUUUGAAGCACAAAGAAUUUCAUCAACUAUUAUUUUCACAAUGUAAAUAAAAUGUCAAAGAAACUCAACACAAAACUCCCCAUUGAACUCAACAUAAAGCAUUAAAUGAAUUUUGAAAAACUUCUAAUCAAAUUAUUUGUAAAUACCUUGAUGAAGCAUUCGAGAUCUUCACUCCACGACAUUCUUCGUAGUAGUUAUUAGUACUUACUAGCAAUUGAAAUCUAACAUACAAGUAUUUUUAAUGUGCUCAACAUGGCAAAAGCAAAAGCAACAUACAUUUUUAAAAACCAUUUUAAGCACUUUAAUAGCUCCUGAAAUUAACGGAUAAUGCACUCUUCUAUGAUACUCUAUUGUAUGCUCUAUUAAUUAUGCCCACGCAUAGCAUAAGUAAACUCUCUCAACAUGCUCUUUGCAUAAAUAUAAUAAUAUAAAAAAAAAAACACAUAAAUCAUUUUAGGUGCUCAUUUAGCCAAACACGCAUACUUAAUUCAACAUUAUAUAGCUCCAAAUUUAAACAUUUAUACAUUAUACUUAAUCAUGCACUUUACUCUCGUUUAACAUUGACAAUUGAAGCAAAUAUAUGGAAAGCAAACAAAAAACACACACGCUAUGGCAUACGGAAAGCUGUAAGGUAUGCUGAAAGUAUUUAUAAAUG